AUGAUUAGAUCUAUUCACGCCGCUCAAAGGCUUGAUUCGAGAGGAUGUCCAACUGUUCAAGUUGAGCUCACAACCGAGAAAGGAACUUUUCGCGCAAUAGUUCCUUCUGGUGCCUCGACGGGUAUUAAUGAAGCCGUCGAACUGAGAGAUGGAGAUGAGUCUGCCUAUGGCGGUCGAGGCGUGCAGGGGGCUGUUUUAAACAUCCAAAACGUCAUCGGUCCCAGCCUGCUUGAGAGCAACUUCAGGGUGGAUACCGAUCAGAAGAAGAUUGAUCAGUUUCUUAAAGAACUGGACGGGACGAAAAACAAAGAAAGGCUUGGGGCAAAUGGUAUUCUGGGCGUGAGUAUGGCAUGUGCUAGAGCGGGUGCAGCACAUUCGGGGAUCCCUUUGUACGAAUUUCUUAGACGUGAGGCCGGAGCAAAUUAUCCAUUUGUCAUGCCGGUUCCAUUCUUCAAUGUUCUCAAUGGUGGGGUACAUUCAGGAAACAAAAUGGCAUUUCAGGAAACCAUGAUUGCCCCGGUCGGUGCAUCUUCAAUUACAGAAGCCGUAAAAAUGGGCAGUGAAGUUUAUCAGCACCUGAAAAAGGUCAUUAUUGAGAAGUUUGGAUCUUCUGCCAUUGGGAUUGGAGAUGAAGGAGGCUUCGCUCCCCCAAUUUCGGAGCCUCACGAGGCAUUAGACCUCUUAGUACAGGCUGUGUCGAACGCCGGACUCAGCGGCAAGAUCAAGUUUGCCAUUGACCCUGCGUCCAGUGAGUUCUUCCGAGAGAGCAAAUACGACAUCGGAUUUAAAGGUGCUACGAAAUUGAAAACAGCCAAGGAGAUGAUGGGCUUGUAUCAAUCUUUGCUGGAAGAGUACCCUGUCGUUCUACUUGAGGACCCUUUUGCCCAGAAUGACUGGGACAGUUGGACGGAAUUCAACAAGGCAUGUCCAGUUGAACUGGUUGGUGAUGAUCUACUCGUCACCAAUCCGGUAUAUGUACAAAUGGCAAGAUACAAAGACGCCUGCAAUGCUAUGCUGUUGAAAAUAAACCAGAUUGGGACUAUUUCAGAAGCAAUUGAAGGAGCGAACCUUGCUUACAGCUACGACUGGGGGGUAUUUGUUUCUCAUCGCUCUGGCGAAAUGACUGAUGACUUUAUUGCAGAUCUGGCGGUAGGAUUGCGAACGGGCCAUCUUAAGUCCGGCGCGCCUUAUGGUGGAAAAUGCCUAUUUGCUGGCUCCCAAUUCAAGAGCGCAAGCAAAUUCUAG